CUCAGCAGUUUACCAUCGGUGCCAAACCAGAGAGGUAAUAUUCUGCGUGGGGGGUUACUGACAAGUGAAGCAACGAAAAAAAUGCCGUUCAUAUCCAAAAUACAGAGGCAAUCCGAUUACAGCUCCUUUCCUUCCAGUUGCCCCAUCGUCAUCGACAAUGGCGCCUCCUAUUUCCGCAUUGGAUGGGCUGGAGAGAGUGACCCCCGUGUUAUCUUCAGGAACAUUGUCCAAAGGCCUCGCCACAAAACUACAGGUGAAACUGUCACUAUUGUUGGCGAUCAUAAUCCAGCACUACUAAAAUACUUUGAUUGCACACGAUCAGGCCCCCGUUCUGCAUUUGAUAACAAUGUUGUAUAUCAGUUUGAGAUAAUGGAAUAUAUUCUUGACUUUGGGUUUGAUCGAUUAGGUGCAGAUCAAUCACAGAUCAACCAUCCUGUUUUAAUUACUGAGUGUGCUUGCAAUCCUGUUCAAUCUCGUGGUAAAAUGGCAGAGUUGCUUUUUGAAUCAUAUGGAGUCCCGUCUAUAGCAUUUGGAGUGGAUGCUGCAUUCAGUUAUAAAUAUAAUCAACAACUUGGGAUUUGUAAUAACGAUGGCCUUGUGAUCUCCUCGGGGUUCAGUACAAGCCAUGUUAUCCCGUUUGUGAAUGGAGAACCUGUAUAUGAAGCAUGCUGCCGAACAAAUGUUGGUGGAUACCAUGUCACUAAUUAUCUUAAACAACUUCUUUCACUCAAGUAUCCUCAUCACAUGUCUGUGCUUACAUGGGAGAAGGUUGAAGAAUUGAAGAUGGAACACUGCUAUAUUGCAGCUGACUAUGCUUCAGAGGUUCGAAUGUUUCAGAAAGGGGAUAAGGAAGCUGAAGAAAAGACACGAUGUUGGCAGCUUCCUUGGAAUCCAUUGCCAGUUGAGGAGCCCCCUUCCGAAGAAGAGAUUGCUAGAAAAGCAGCUAUGAAGGAGAAACAAAGCCAAAGGUUGCGAGAGAUGGCUGAAGCAAAGAGAUCCUCUAGAAUAAAUGAACUUGAAAAUGAAAUAAGAGGUUUGGAACUCCUCUUAAAGGAGAUCAACCACAUCGAGGAGGAGGAUAUUCCUUCUUUACUUGCAAGUAGAGGCUACGCCUCUAAACGAGAAUUAGAAUCUGCAAUUUCAAAGGCAACCCAAUCUUUAAGAAAAGCCAGGGGCGAGCAAAUUCCAAAUGAAGACAAAGUUGAGCCUUCUGCUGCUGAAAAGUAUUAUCUCAUUGAUGUUCCUGAUGAUCAGCUUUCAGCUGAGCAGCUCAGGGAGAAAAGGAAGCAGGUAUUUAUGAAGGCAACCACUGAGGCACGGGAACGGGCUAAGCAGAAGCGAAUGGAAGAGGAAUUAGAAAGAGAAAGGGAGAAGAAACUAGAAGAAGAAAGACGCCUAGAAAACCCAGAGCUUUAUUUGGAGCAGUUGCGAACUAAAUACAAUGAGCUUUUGGGGAAAGUUGAGCAGCGAAAACGUCUCAAGACAAAUGGAGAUAAUGGAAAUGGAAGCCAUAAUGUAUCCGGAGGUGUUGGUCGAGGUGAGAGGUUGAGUGCACAACAAAGGGAGAGGAUGCGCUUGCUAACAACAGCAGCAUUUGACCGAGGGAAAGGUGAAGACACUUUUGGUCAGAAAGAUGAAGAUUGGCAACUUUACAAGCUAAUGAGCAGAGAUAAUGACGACGACGACGACGACGAGAAGCCAGAUCCAGAUGAAACAGAGUUGGCUCGCGUCACUUUUAGACUUCAAGAGAUCGACCCAACGUUUUUCCCAAAGACAGAAUCUGGGUUAUCUGGGUCUUCUGCCUCGGAGCCACCCCGUUUCCGUCCUCAAACAAAGGAAGAUUUCCAGAUCAAUAUUGGGGUAGAAAGGUUCCGGUGUCCUGAAGUCCUAUUCAACCCCAACUUAAUCGGAAUUGACCAAGCAGGGUUGGAUGAAAUGGUGGGUGUGUGCACAAGGAGGCUGCCACCAUCCAAAUGGGAGCAGCAAGAACCAGAAGCCUCCUUGGGGGAGAGAAUGACAAGUUCAGUCCUUCUGACCGGUGGGAGCUGUCUCUACCCGGGCAUGGCAGAGCGGUUGGAAGCUGGAAUUCGGAUGAUAAGGCCAUGUGGGACCCCCAUACGGAUUCUCAGUGCCUCCGAUCCAAUAUAUGAUGCUUGGCGAGGGGCUUCUGCUUAUGCUGCCGGGAUGCAUUUCCCACACCAGACCUUCAGUAGGAUGGACUAUUACGAAAAGGGCGAGGAUUGGCUCCGCGGCUACCAGUUUAGAUACACACUGUAGUUAAUUUCUCUCCUUUUGCCUUCUCUGAGAAUCUGGUUUCUGCCCUUCACAAGCCUUGUCCUCAUUGUUCUACAGCCGAAUACAUGAACUGUGUUGGAGAAGGAAGUGAAGAGGAAUAUGGAAUGAGAAAUUAUGUUCUAUUUGAUUAGUUAUACUCUGUAGAAUGAAAUGAGAUUAACCAAAUUAAAUGACAACAAUGCCCUUGUGCAUAUGCGGUCGUUAUUACUACACUUUUCUUGAAUUUCGUGAAAUGGGAGGGUAAAACUUAUUUGCGGGAUGAUAGAGUAAAUACUAAUGUGCAUC